GUCUGUUGCUCUCUCUCUCUCUCUCGCCUCCCCUCUCCUGUAUGGAGCAGUGCCUCAGCCUCCAGCUCAUCAGGCAUUCGCUCUUACUUACCCCCCCAACGCACACACACACCACCACCACAGUUUCUCACUUCCCUCUGCUCCUCUGCUUACUGAUACUUCUGCUUCCACUGCUGCCUUCCUCGCUCCCUUCCCUCCUCUCUGUAGCUCGCUCCUCAUCCUCAACCCACCAUGGUGAACAGAUAACCGCCCCUGCCGUCCCGAGACCAUGGGUGCCUGCCUCUGCAAAAGUCACAAAGAGAUCAGCAUUCCUGUAUCAACACUGCACCCCGAAGAGGGUCAGUCAUCCCCUGCCAAGGAUGACCAAAAUCCCUCCAAUGGCAGCGUAUCAGACAAAACCAGUCGCUAUGACAUUGCAGAGCUGGCCACAUCCUCUUUACUGGGUCUGGUGGCCACAAUAAAGGAGCACAUCACCAAGCCGACGGCAAUGGCCCAGGGGCGAGUUGCGCACCUGAUUGAGUGGAAGGGUUGGGGUGGAUGCGGUGAAGCCAGGGGAGGCGGAGGUGGAUGGAGUGGGGCCUGGGGUAGAGGAGGCGGCGCCUGGGGGGGCAUGGAGGCCGAGCUGCAGGAAGACGAACAGCUUUAUUCCCAAAUGACGGACGAGUUCAAAGAAGCUCGCUUCGCUGCAGGUGUUGCGGAGCAGUUUGCUCUGGCUGAGGCAGCCAUGAACGUGUGGUCCAUGAGCGACAACACAGAGCAGCCAUCCACCAGCUUACAAGCAGCACAGAGCCACUACCUGUCUCAGUUCCUGCUUGAUGGUGGAAGCGUUGGCGUCCCUCAGCAUCUGUACAGCAUUCACACCCAGGCGUAUGGCAACAACACUGCAGUCAACCUGGUCCCCCCUCCACCACCACCAAUCAGCUCCGCUUCCCUGAUGUCCAACGCCCAGGACAGAGAUCAUCCUAUUCAGGACAGAAGCACUGUGAUUGCAGAAGCCGCUGUCCGACACGUAGACAGCAGCUCCUUAUCCGAGGACGAUGUUUUUUACAACUAGGCUGUAAAAAAAGAAGUCUUGGUGGCAAUCUCUAAAAUGAGCCUCGGUGUAAGGAGUCUCAACCACCAGCAACGAGCGAGAGGAGAAGUAAAGGCAGACAUUUAAGAGGCGACUCUGUAAAUUGCUUUUCUGAAAAGGUUCAGAAGACUCCAGAUAGUAUUUUCCUGAGAGCUGAGGCAUAUAGUUUUGUGAAUGUACAUAGUUCAACUGUCACAU